ACGUUUCUAAAAGCGUUUGUGAUGGUAAACCCCCCUCUGUUGGACUCUUGAAGCAUGCGGCGCACGUCUGGCUGGAAGAAGUUGAGCAGAGAGCUUGAAAGGAUGCGGGGAAGAUGGCGAUGGAUGUAAAGAACAGAGAUGCAUUUUAUUCAGGUGCCGACUACUCCAAUAUCUACAACUCUCAGACUGUAAAUUAUGGAGAUUGCAGUCAAUAUUUUCCUCGGCUGUCAGGUGCAGAUCCGGUUCUGAAGCCAAACCCCAGUCUUAUGUGCCAGCCCUUCCAGGCUAUGACCCCAACUCAAAACCUCCGACCACCACCUGUGAUAAUGCCCCCGGACCCACUGCGAUUCCCCCUCUGUACUCCUCUUACGGUUAAGCCAUCCCCGCACCUCCAACUGCCACCCAGUCCGUCCAUUCCAGCACACCCUGUCCUCAGUCCCAAACCCCCAGAUGAGGACGGUCAGGCGAUGGGCGCUGAUCAGGAAGCCACACUGGAGGAACUCUGCAAGCCUUUGUACUGUAAACUGUGUAACGUCACACUAAACUCUGCACAACAAGCCCAAGCUCAUUAUCAGGGGAAAAACCACAGUAAAAAGCUGCGCAAUUUUUAUGCUGGUAGCCAACAGCCGCCUCCCAUUAGAAUACCAGAGGUAGUAGAGCCUGUUUCCCAUCAACCCUCAUCUGCUCCACCCACAGAUUCUGCAAAUGGGAAUCCUAAACAGCCGCUCUCGAAGGGAGCGAGCAGAAUCAUACUGGCGACCGAGAACGAUUACUGUAAGCUUUGUGAUGCUUCCUUCAGUUCCCCGGCCGUGGCACAAGCUCACUACCAGGGCAAGAAUCACGCCAAGAGACUGCGGCUGUCAGAGGCACAGCAGAACGCCACAUCAUCAGACUUGCCUGACACUCAAAGACGUCCCAGGAAAGAUGGGUACGAGUAUCGGUUAAUGAAGAACCGCAGGGCCCACAACAAUACUGCCAUGCCAGGUCCUUACUACAACCCACGGCCGAGGCAACGUAUCCCACGAGACCUCGCAAUGUGCGUCACUCCCAGCGGGCAGUUUUACUGCUCCAUGUGUAACUCAGGUGCCAGCGAAGAAGCUGAAUUUCGUCUACACCUGGAGAGCAAGCAACACAAAAGCAGAGUGUCGGAACAACGCUACCGUAGUGAAAUGGAGAACCUGGGGUACACUUGAAAAACAUUGGCCACUUUUAAUUUCAGAAUGAAGCGAUGUUAUUGUUUUAAUGUGAGCAUAAAGUGUUAAAGAGUUUAAUUUUGUUAAACUAUUUAUUAGUAUUUAGUUAAGACAAGAAUUUACUAAACACUGUAGAGUUUCAAGUUUUUUUGUUUUGUUUUGCACCAGGCUUAAAGGAUAUUUUUUUAUUAAUAAGGGACUAAUUUGAGGCUUUUAGAUUUAACAUAGAGAGUAAGGAUGCUUAAAGGGAUAGUUUACAAAAAAAUGAAAAUUCUGUCAUCAUUUACUCACCCUCAAGUUGUUCCAAAUCUGUAUAAAAUUCUUGGUUCUGCUGAACACAAAUGAAGAUAUUUUAAAAACAGAUCUGGGGCACCAUUCACUUCCAUAGAAUUAUUUUUUCAUACUAUGGAAGUCAAUGGUGCUCCAGAUCUGCUUGGUUACAAACAUUUUUCAAACUCUUCCUUUGUAUUCGCAGAACAAAGACAUUUAUUCAAGUUAGGAACAACUUGGGGGUGAGAAAAUGAUGACAAAUUUUUCAUUUUCAGUGAACUAUCCUCUUAACAGUUGUGGGGGGUUAUACAUCCCUAUAAUUACAGAUCUAGGAUCAGUUGCCUAAUAAGCUAAAGAUGAUUCAUUAUUACAGUAAAGACAGUGAAGUCCUAUCCUAGACAAAUAAGUACACAAAUAAUACUGGAUGGUGCACUUUUGUAAUUUACGGUACAUCUUUUCUCUCCUUGGGGGCUGAAAAUCUAAGACCACGCUGUAAAGAAAAGAUUUGGAAGUUCGAAUUAAAUAAAGUAAGUUACCUGGCUGCCUUAAAAUGUUGAGUUAAUUCAAGUUUAAAAAAUAAAAAUUUUAAGGCUGCCAGAGUAACUUACUUUUUAAAGAGCACCUAUUCACGUUUUUACAUUUCCUCUGGUGUGUAAGUGUGUAUUAGUACGUUAACGAUAUGCAAAAUGUUCAAACCCCAUAGUAAACGAUGACGCUCGUAUCGUCUUUUAUCGUAAAUCUCUUUUCUUGGACUACAACAAACACACGGAUUUUAGGCAACAGUUUACAUACUGGGAUUGGUGACAUAAAGAAGAGUGACAUUAUCAUAAUUCCUCCCGCUUCGGACUCACAGCCUGUAAGUUAACUCCUGUAGCAUUGUAUUGUGCACAAAUCUUUCAAACAUGGUAUAGAGCGUCACAUUUCCUGCUGACGUCAGAGGUAUUCAGGCCAAUCACAACGUUCAGAUUAGCUGGCCAAUCAGGGACACAGCGCUUUUAAAUCUCUGCUACAAAAAUGUACAAUAUGUGGAAAAUAAUGUUUUUUUAACCAUAAACCACGCAAACACAUUGUAUUAUACUAUAUACACAAAAUAACGUUGUUUUUAGCAAUGAAAUAGGUGCUCUUUAAGAACCAACCAUUUUUUUACAGUGCACAUUAAAAAUCUAGGAUUCAAAUAACAAAAGGAAAAACUAAGCAAAUUAACAUUUUGACAUGGACA